AUGAAAGGCUCAACCAUCCCCUUGCUUUUUGCCGGAGUGACGUUGACAGCAGCGUAUCCCAUCACCGGCGACGUUGUCAACUGUCGUUCCGGGCCGGGCACCAGCUACUCGGUCGUGAAACAAUACACGCAGGGCCAAGAUGUCACGAUUACCUGCCAGACCGAAGGUACCAACGUCAACGGCGUCACCAUCUGGGACAAGACAGCAGAUGGCAACUGCUAUGUGUCAGAUUACUAUGUGCAAACGGGGGUCAAUGGUUAUGUAACAGAGAGAUGCAGCGGGGCUUGCACAGCUCCAAAGUCCAACCAGGCAACGGUGGAUCUCAUUGCCGAAUUUGAAGGCUUUGAGCCCAAUGUUUGUAUGUCUUCUUGGUUUGACUUGGCUGUUAUCUUCAAGCAUUCUGACAUGAGAGGACAGACAUCGAUCCUACUGGAAAUCCAACCGUCGGCUAUGGCCACCUCUGUCAGCAAGCUGGCUGCGCUGAGGUGCCGUAUCCAAUCCCGCUCUCCCAGGCUGAUGCGUUUCGAGCAAUGCAUCACAGCCAUGAUUACAGGAGCCACACUCAACCUGAACCAGUACGGCGCCCUCAUUAGCUGGUCCUUCAACAUGGGCUGUGGCGCUGCCCAAACAUCGACUCUGGUGGCAAGGCUCAACAAGGGCGAAAAUGUCAACACUGUUCUGGCACAAGAGUUGCCAAGAUGGGUGUAUGGGGGCGGAGUGGUGCUUCCUGGGCUCGUGAGAAGGCGAAAUGCAGAAGUCGCGCUUGCACAGACGGCAGGGAGUGGACCAGCGUUGCCAGUGCAGUGUUAG